AUCACUACCGGAGAUGCUCACCUGGAUGAUGUACUCGGAGGAGGUAUAAGAACAGGGAUGCUCUGGGAUAUCUCUGGAGAGAACAAUGGAGGGAAGACCCAGCUCGCGCUUCAGCUGUCGUUGACCGUACAACUGCCCAGGCAUCUGGGCGGACUAUCUGGCUCCGCAUGCUAUAUCAGUACUCGAGGGGACAUCCUGACUGGCCGCAUAGAGGAGAUCUGCAAAAAACACCCUUUGCUCUCUCCCGAGGUUUGCGGCAUCCCUGAUAUCCACUCGGUCAAAGCUCCCUUCUAUGCCGCCCUGGAGAGAGUGCUCGUCACAAGCCUACCGGAAACCGCAGAUGAACGAGCCGCGGACCCCGACGCCAAACCUGUGAAGCUCCUCAUCAUAGACACCUUCACUGAUAUUUUCGAUAACUUGCGCGAUCCGGUAUACAAAGACAUACCCCUUCGUGCGCGCCACCUGCGGCACAUUGCUAUCGUCCUUCACCGGCUCAUAACCAAAUAUCAACUCGCCGUCGUCGUGCUUGGUUCGGCGGGCAACACGUUCCCCAGGCUUGACGGAUGCGAUACGGGUCCUGGAGAACUCAGAUUUUCGGACCAAGCCCGCUGGUUCUGCCGCGCCCAUACCAUUGCCGGGGAAGACGCGCACGAGGCCGUCCUUGGACAUGUAUGGCCGAACCAGCUCAACGCACGCGUCAUGAUGAGCCGGACCAUUCGCACACGACCUCGCUCCGUUCUCCGCCCCCAGGAGCAGGGAGGUCGUGCCAACAAACGGCGAAAGCUCGAAGGAGACAAGGCGGCGGAGGGAACUGCCACCGUCGACGAAUCCGUUCCCUUCCGCCGCUUCACAGCCAUCUUCUCGUCGGUCGCCCCACCAGCCUUCUGCGACUACGUGAUCUUCGACGAGGGCGUCGUCGGAUUCCCGCCGGAGGAGCAG